AUUGACAGGAACUACACCGCAGAUACCCAAGCGACGCUUUCUGUUUGUUCCUAGAAACAUACCGCUUAAAUGUCCCUGCCUUUUACUUGAUACUGUUGGGCACUUUAUUUCAGAAUAUAUUUGAAACAUUCAUAGCUCUUAAAUCAGGAGCACAUGGCUGUUUUCAGUAUAAGAAACAAUCAUAGGAGGCGAUAUGUUAUUCUGUUUUUGAGUCUCGCGUGCUUUAUUAUAUACCGACACUUCAGAGGUCCGACAGUAAAGAUAAGGAUAAAUCGAUCAGUGGGUCUGAGGGUGAACUCUUCCCAGUUCACUCUGGGAGGAAAGCCCUUUCGUAUUCUGGGGGGCUCUUUACACUACUUCCGCUUGCCCAGAGCUUACUGGAAGGAUCGGAUGGUGAAAAUGAAAGCCUGUGGUCUCAACACUCUCACUGUUGACGUGCCAUGGUCUCUCCAUCAGCCAGAGAAAGGAGAACUACGUUUCCAGGGAGGCCUUGACAUAGAAAGUUAUCUUCACUUGGCUGCAGAGGUGGGACUCUGGGUAAUUUUACGUCCAGGACCGUACAUAGGCUCUGACCUUGACCUUGGAGGACUGCCCAGCUGGCUUUUGCGUGAUAGAGAGAUGAUGCUGCGUACCACUUACCCAGGAUUCAUAGCGGCUGUAAACGUGUACUUCGAUAAGCUCAUUCCCAAAGUGGUGCCUUUCCAGUUUAAGAAAGGUGGGCCUAUCAUUGCCGUUCAAGUGGAGAACAAAUAUGGAUCACAUGCAAGAGAUGGAAACUACAUGUCAUUUGUCAAAGAGGCUCUCCAAGACAGAGGCAUCAGUGAAGUUCUCCUAACAUCAGACGACCAUGAGGGUCUAAAAUAUGGUGGAGUCCAAGGAGCUUUAAGAACUCUAAAUCUACAGAAAAUUAAUCAUGAUGACAUCAAAUAUCUGGAAACACUACAGCCCAACAGUCCUGUGCUGAUGAUGGAGCUCUGGACAGGGAGGUCUGAUGGAUGGGGCGGUUUACACCAUAGUUUACCUGCAGAGGACUUGCUUGCCGUGGUAAGAGAGACACUGAGACGAGGAAUGUCCAUCAACCUGUACAUGUUCCACGGAGGGACAAACUUUGGCUUCAUGAAUGGGGCAUUGGCCAACCCAUCUUACAAAGCUCUGGUUACAAGCUAUGAUUAUGAUGCUCCUCUGUCAGAAGCAGGAGAUUACACACAAAAGUACCAUCUUCUCAGAGAUCUUCUCAGCAAUUUCAACAGUGAAAUCCUCUCUGAGAUGCCUGGUCUCCGCUGGAAAGAAGAAUAUGAGGCAACCAUAUUGUUCCAGCAUCUGUCCCUGUGGGACGCUCUGCCAUACACACAUGAGCCUUUCAAAUCCCAAUUCCCGGUCAAUAUGGAGAAUCUGCCUGUGAAUAACGGUAACGGCCAGGCAUAUGGAUACACCCUCUAUGAGACCACCAUCAUCAGAGGAGGCUCCUUAAAAUCAGGACGCAACAUCCAAGACAGAGCCCUGGUUUUUUUGAACCAAAGUUUCAUUGGCAUUUUUCAUCACAGAAAUGUAGAAUUAGCUGUUCCUGAUGGAAAGGAGAAACGCACUUUGAGUCUGCUGGUGGAGAACUGUGGACGUGUGCAUUACGGUAAAGACAUGGACAACCAGCGCAAAGGUAUUGUUGGGAACAUUUUAUUAAAUCAUACGCCUCUUAGAGACUUCACAAUAUAUAGCCUGGAUAUGACUCCUGACUUUAUUGACAGCUUGUACAGGGCACCUUGGAAGUCCGUCCCUAACAAACUAAGCUUCCCAGGAUUUUUCCAGGGAAGGUUAUUUGUGAAUGGAUAUCCCAGUGACACUUUCAUGAAGCUGCCAGGUUGGAGUAAGGGUGUAGUCUUCAUUAAUGGCCAAAACAUUGGACGGUACUGGGAUGCUGGACCACAGCAAGCUCUGUUUCUACCAGGACCCUUCCUCAACAGUGGAAUGAACCAGGUGAUUGUGUUUGAAGAAGCAGAAGCGGAUUUUAAAAUCCAGUUUGAAGAUUCUCCUGAUCUGGGAAUGACAGUUGACAUUUAAUGAACAAAAUUCAAGAAUGUUUUAUGUAAAUCAACAUACGGCUAAAGGACACAUGACUGUACUGUCAAAUACAUAAACGCUAUCAAAGUGCCUGAACAAAAAUGAAAUGAGCAAAAACUUGUAUGUCACUGUUGGAUUGUUAAAACAUUAAUAGCACAUUUGUAUUAAUAGCAUGGCUUUGCAUUCCAUGAUAUUAUCUCAAAUGUUUUCAUGAAAAAGUGCCGUCUUGCUGGGGACUGUGUAAUUUUGUGUUCAAAUGGAAAAUGUUUGAGCAUGUUGAGAUGGACUGCCUAUUAUAACUCAGUUGAGGGUGUGUGUUUGAAUGACGGCUUCAUUUGUUAGCAAGACACAAGGUAGAUUUAGGUUUUUGAUUGUCUCAUGCUGUUUACUGGCUGAAAUUAGUCAUAUUAGUGCAAUAUUUCGUUUAUUUUUAUAUGAAAAUGUAAAUGUUGCACUGGCCAUGUAGGCAACAGGAUUUUUCUUUUCAGUAAUUUCCACAGGCAGCCAAUUGGUUACAUGAGUGCAUUUACUGUAUAUCCAGCGUUAUUGUGUUGUUUUCCCUUUGUGCAAACACUGAGAAAGAUUUUAUAUUUAGCCUAAACUGUAUUUUGUUACAGGUUUGUUCAAAUUGAACUUACUGUACAUGAUACCUCAUAUUUUACAGUUCAAUUUAGGAAGGAUCUUUUUAAACCAUCAGACUUUGGCCUAAAUUUCAUCUGGCAGACAAUAAAACAGGUUUUAAAAAAUCCAAUUUGAGCCAUAUUUAUGGGCAGAAUAUGAUUGUGUGAUCGUGUUCAUCAAAUACUAUUUCUAUCUAAACUUCAACUCAAAUCAGCUUUGUAAACUUCUUUUAGAAUCAACGUUUUCCAGAGCAUUUUCUGGAAUAAAUCACUUAAAUCCUUUCUUAACUGAGAAUUGUUCUUCAAUGAGAGUGUCUUAAGUCUGGAAUACACUGCACGACUUUUAAAAUCUGGACAAAUCUUAAAACACUAUGCAUUAGAAACUUUGACAACUUUGUAAAUGGUUUUAGAAAAAACAGGGCAUCAUACACUAAAUGAGUGAAGAUCACGCAUUAAAUAUGCAGUAUUGCAUUUUUACACCGAAUUUUGAGCAGACAAAAAAAGAGUGUGCCCAUCAUACACCCUGUGAUUUUCUGUAAAAUCCGCACUGCAAGAAAAUGCCUGUAAUUUUAAUGGUAAAUGGUUAUCAGAUAUGGU